AUGCAAGCAAAGCUCAUCCUGCUGGUGCUGCUCGGAGCGAUGCCCGGAAGAGACUCGCUGCAGUUCACCAACCUACCGGGCCUGUGUCGAAUCGCAGAGAAUUCUAAGCCGAGGACAACGGGGUGCAACUUCUCCGUGACCCUUUCGGAGGCGGAGGCUCCGCUGAGCGACGGCUAUCCUGUGAUCGUCAAUUCGAGCCCCCUGACUCGGGCUUUCGCCGUCGACGUACUGUCCAACGCUAGCUUCCGGGUCGCUGCCACAGGGAACCCUCCGCUGGAUUUUGAAACGAUGCCAAAUAGAUUUGAAUUGCAGAUUUAUGUUCAAGAUGAAGCAGGAGCCACAGACCUUCAAACCCUGACCGUGGAGGUGGAAGACGUGGAUGAGGCUCCUGUGUUUCAGGGCAACUUGGCCCAGAGAACCGUGGAGCUGUACGUGCUGGAGGGGACUCCGCCGGGCGCCCUGUACCAGGUGGAAGCGGCCGACCCGGAAGUCGCAGCUCCUCUCACGUAUUCCCUGAGCUCACCCUCGGACCCAUUCAGCAUCUCUCCAACCGGUACCCUCGCUUCCACCGCCACGUUUGAUUUCGAGUCUGGGCCCCGCAGUUACAUGCCAACAGUGGUUGUGACGGACCAGAAGGGCCUCAGUGCCAACCGGACCCUCCUUGUGUUCAUCGUGGACAUCAACGACGAGGCCCCGCGCUUCACCAGCUCGAGGACCUCCUACACCAUUCCGGAGGAGCAGAGGGUGGGGAGCUUCGUGGCCAACGUCACGGCCCGGGAUCCUGACGACGAAGGCUUUCCGAGCCGGCUCCUCUACAGCAUCGAUCCUCCUUCCCAAUAUUUCGUCAUAAACCAGCUGACCGGGACCGUGUACGUGGCCAAGCGUCUGGAUCGAGACGCCGCGCCCUGGAGGCAGAACCCCACUCUGACCCUGGAGAUCCUCGUGCGGGACAGGUCAAGUGGUGGCCACGAGAGCCGCAGCCAGAUCGCCAUCACGCUCAGCGACAUCAACGACCUCCCGCCUAUCUGCGCCCUGGCCUCCUUCAGGGUGGAGGUGCUGGAAACCCUGGCCGUGGGCUCGCAGCUUCUGGACCUGCGCCAGUUCUGCCACGACGCCGACGCCGAGGAGCCAAACCGGGCGUUCAGCUUCUCGGGGCCGUCCGGAGCCGGGAGCCACCGGUUCCGCCAGGAUCCAGAGGGCUCCGGGAAUAUCUUGCUGAGCGGCAGCCUCAAUUACGAGGACCCAGAUAAUCUAGAGACCGGGAAUCUAUACCCUCUGACCUUCCUGAUACAGAACACGGCUCCCUCCCACCAUGAAAGCAAAGUAAGGGGCUACGGCUCCCUUUCUCUAGCCCCUACAGGUGUCAUCAGCGUAUACAUCCAAGCCAGCCCCGUGAACGAGUUUCCCCUGGCCUUUGACGCCUCGACUUAUGUCUUUCAAAUUUCCGAAGUGAAGCCAGCCGGCUGGCACGUCGGGCAGGUGAGCGCGGCGGACAAGGACCGCCCACGGACGGAGGUCACGUACUCCCUCCUGACCGGGGACACCACGCUCCGGAAGGACCCCCGGUUCUGGAUCCAGCCCCAGACGGGCGUGCUGCAGCUGCUGACCCGCCUGGACUACGAAUCCAGCUCCCAGCACGUCCUCGCCGUGCGGGCCGCCAGCACAGAAGGCUCCAGCACGGCCACGGUGACCGUGCAGGUGCUCGAAGAGAAUGACGAGAAGCCCGUCUGUGAGCCAAAUUUCUCCUUGCUGAUGAUCCCGGAGCAAAUGCCUGCCGGCACGCCCGUCCAGAAUUUCAGACUCACCUGUACCGAUCGGGAUUCCAGUCCCAGGGCUCUCCGCUACACCAUCGGCUCAGGCAACGUGAACAAUCACUUCACUUUCUCCCCCAACGCCGGCUCCAACAUCACGAGCCUCCUGCUGGCCUCUCCCUUCGACUCCUCGGUGGAGCCGGGCGGGCCGGGGCAGCCCUGGGCCUACCGGCUGCUGGUCCACAUCACGGACGACAACCUGCUCACAGGCAGGGAGAAAGCGGAGGCCCCGGUGGAGACGGGGACAGUGACGCUGAGUAUCCGAGUCAUCCCGGCCCCGACCACGAGGAUCACCACCACCCCCACACCCAGAGUCACCUACCUGAUCCGAAGGGAGAACUCGUAUUCCUCGUCUGCGUGGUACGUGCCGUUCGUCAUCGCCCUGGGCUCCCUGCUGCUCCUCGGGCUCCUGGGCCAUCUGCUCUUCCUGCUGGCCAGAUUCAUCCGCAGCCACUGGCCCUGCCUGCCCAAGGCACAUAGGGAACCCUUGGUGAAGAAAGCCGGAAAGAAGAAGGCCAAGAAAGAAGUGGUGCUGGAAAUCACCAAGAUCAACACCAUCUUUGACGGGGAAGCUGUAGACCCAGUCACGGGGAAAACCUAUGAGUUCAACUCCAAGUCCGGUGCCCGGCGCUGGAAAGAGCCGGCGGCCCAGCCGGAACCAGCCCGGAUGGAACCGACCAAGAUGGAACCAGCUCGGGCAGAACCGACUCAGACGGUGGGACUAGCAAGGCCUCGGGGACGAGCAGCAUACCGGGGUGGCGGCGGGACAGACGGGGAGCCGGCGGCUGGGGGGUCUGGCCCUGGAUCUACACCCGGCACCUCUGAUCCAGAGUGCACACCCGGCGAUGGGGGACCCCAGUCAGCGUCGGGCCAGAGGAGCCCCAACCUCCCCAGAUCCUUAGAGAGGCCAGCGGGUCGGGGGUCUCCCUGUCCGUCCGCCCAGGCUGCUCCCAAAAUACAUCCCCACAUGCCCCCAAAAUUGUCUGGGAAGUAA